AUUGGUAUAUCUUGUCCUAUAUAACCUGUGACCAUCACAACAGCAUCAAACCAACUCCACAUCGAUAUUCUCCUUCUACCUCGUGUCUCUUGUUCCCCGACACUCAACAUGCUCUUCAACGAACUAGCCCUUUUAUCCGCGUUAUCCGCAGGAUGCCUCGCAGUACAAGCAGAUAGGCUUGCACCCCGACAAGGGGACGGCUCUAUCAUCUUUACCACAAUUUGCCUCGGCCCCCGCUGCUCCGAUGCCCCUGCCCCCACCACAGCGCCACCCAAGACAACGCUCAGAACCACUACUACUUCAAAGAAGACAACGAGUAGUACGAAGGAACCUACGAAGACUUCUUCGCCCUCACAACCGACAAAAACGCAAACGGAGGAAGUGGGCCCGAGUAGCACGAGGUGUCCUGUGCCACUGUACUACCAAUGCGGAGGGUAUCAUGAUGGGAAGCCGUGGACGGGGUGUGAGGUAUGCGUCAAGGGGGCGAAGUGUAUUUGGCAGAAUGACUGGUACUAUCAGUGUGUUGCGGAUGAUGGAUCGUUGUAGGUGGAGUUGAGGAUGAAUGCUCUUUUCUUUU